UGCUUUUGUUAGUUGGGGCCGCAUGCAUAUGACUCAUAUCCCAUACGUCAGAAGCAAACAAUGGUUUAGGAAUGCAUGGGUGUGCAUACGUCAGAGCAAACAAUGUUCCUAUAUAAGUGAGAUACCCCUUACAGCACUGCCAGAAGCAUACAAGACAGAGUUUAGUGACGACAAUCAACAUUACACUGGCUUUAUUUUCAAAUAUGGAGCCAACUCUAUCUUUGCUAAAAGAAUCUAUGUUGGGAAUCGACAGAACGUGCUCAAGCUUUUGAAGCAGACCCAAGAAAUUAAGUUAACUGUUGAAAGAACUGAAAAAGAAGAACUCGGACAAGAGGAAUUAUGGCAGAGAGGACUACAGAACAUCUAACAACCAACACCCUCUACACACCACCUUCAAGCACACCGGUAAGCGACGAUACAGACCCCCAGAUGGACGUAGAACUACAAUACACCCACGAAAAAAAGCAAUACACCCAUGAAGAAACGCAAUA